AGAAUCAGACCCCGCAUGUCAGAGCGCUGCCCCGGAACGGAUAUCAGUCGCACCGUCUCUCUCGGUGGACACUACGUAAUUUGUUUCCAAGCCUCGUGCCCUCGUCCGCGACAUGUCAAUCAAGUCCAUUUUGAACGUCUUGUUAAUGCAGCAAAGCAGCAGCUGAGGGACGAGAAUAGCCUGAGAAGACACCGCAGGUUGGCUGCGUUUGCAGCCAGGAGAGAGGAGGGGAAGAUGCCUUCUCCAUCUUUUACCCUCGAUGCUCAGCUGAGAUUUCAUGACAAAUGGCUGAAGAUAGACUUGCAGCGAGCGUUCUCUCCCGAGGGACUGAGUGAGAUGUGGAAUGAAAUGGUAAAAGAUGAGGAGAUAACAUUCAGUGGAGAAGAAUCGGCUCACCCAGAAGAUUGCACAGAUUGUUUUGGAACUCAGAAGAAGGAUGAGCCCAACGACAAAGAGAAGAAAGAAGAGGAGGAGACGUCAACAUCUGUACAUCACUCCAUUAUUGAGACGUGGGACUGGGGGCGGCAGCCAGAUGGGACUGAGUUGAAGGAUUGUCUGCUGGUGCUGGUUGACGACCAGCAGAAGCUCUCGGUUCAGAUGGCCAAAAGCACCCUGUCAGCCCAGCGCCUGCGCCAGCGCCUGGUCAUCCUGGAGCGCUACCUCAUCUCUCUCAGCCACAGCAUGAUGAAGGAGAAGUACAAGGUCCGCUGGAAGACGCCCCCCAGCCCCCCACUACCUGCUGCUGACAAUAAGAGCCCUCGUCCAGCCAGUAAAAGCGUUGAAGGCUUGGCCAGAGUGGGCUCCAGAGCAGCUCUUUCUUUUGCCUUUGCUUUCCUGCGUCGUGCCUGGAGGUCAGGAGAUGAUGCUGAUCUUUGCAGUGAGCUUCUCCAGGAGUCUCUGGAUGCCCUGCGGGCGCUGCCCGAGGCCACGCUGUUUGACGAAGGAACUGUAUCAUCAGUGUGGUUGGAGGUUGUUGAGAGGGCCACAAAGUUCCUCAGUGAUGUACAUGGGAGUGCGAGCACCAAAGGCAACAUUCCUCUUCAGGACCAGCACCUGGCCCUGGCCAUACUGCUGGAGCUGGCUGUACAGAGGGGCACUCUCAGUCAGCUGCUGUCUGCUAUUCUGCUACUGUUACGUCUGUGGGAAAGCGGCACCAGAGAGAUGGACAACGAGCGGUCCACACAAGGAACCAGCGCGCCGCUGUUGCCCCUCCUGCAGCGCUUUCAGAACAUACACAGCAGCAAGGAGGAGCCCACUCCUGAAGAGGAAGCUGAGAUCCUCGCUGCUCCUUUGAGUCCAAAUGAGAGCUUCCUGCGCUACCUGACCUUACCUCAGGACAACGACCUGGCUAUCGACCUUCGUCAAACAGCUGUGGUGAUCAUGGCUCACCUGGACCGCUUGGCUUCUCCCUGCAGCCCUCCACAUUGCAACUCCCCCACGUCACACAAGGGGACCCUGCAGGAAGUGAUUGCCUGGGGCCUGUUGGGUUGGAAACUUUACGCCAACGUUAAUGGUCCCAUUCAGUGUAAAUCCCUGUCAAGUCUUGGGGUCACGCAAAUUGUCUGUUCAGAAAAGGGUUUCCUCAUCCUGUCCAGCACUGGUGCUGUUUACACUCAGAACUACAAGAGCACAACCCUGGUCAGUUCUGUUGCACAGGCUCCUAUGUUGAUCCACUCUCUGAGCUCCAGAAAGAUUUUCAAGCUUGCAGCUCAUCCUGACGGGCAGCACUACUUGGCCCUGACAUCCAAUGGGGAGGUGUUCUCUUGGGGCUGUGGCGAUGGUGGCCGCCUUGGACAUGGAGACACCACAUACCUAGAAGAGCCUACAUUGAUUGCAGCCUUCAAUGGGAAACAGACAGGAAAGCAUGUAGUGCACAUUGCUUGCGGGAGCACGUACAGUGCUGCGAUCACAGCUGACGGAGAGCUCUACACAUGGGGGAGAGGGAACUAUGGCCGUCUAGGCCACGGCUCUAGCGAGGACCAGACUACACCCAUGCUAGUGACGGCACUAAAAGGAAUGAAGGUGGUGGAUGUUGCAUGUGGAAGUGGUGAUGCCCAGACGCUCGCUGUGACAGAAAAUGGUCAGGUUUGGUCCUGGGGGGACGGAGAUUAUGGUAAAUUGGGCCGAGGAGGCAGUGACGGCUGCAAGACCCCAAAACUUGUGGAAAAGCUGCAGGACCUGGACAUAGUGAAAGUGUGCUGCGGCAGCCAGUUUUCAGUUGCACUCGCCAAAGAUGGCCAAGUGUACACCUGGGGGAAGGGUGACAAUCAGCGGCUUGGUCAUGGCACUGAUGAGCAUGUCCGCUACCCAAAGUUACUUGACAGUCUACAGGGCAAAAAAGUUGUGGACAUUGCUGUGGGAUCUACACAUUGCCUGGCGCUCACUGACGACGGAGAGGUGCAUAGUUGGGGCAGCAAUGACAAACUACAGCACUUUGAUACACUAUUUUCCAACAAGAAGCAGCCUAAAGCACUUCCGGGACUCAACUCAAAACACAUAGUGGGGAUCUCCUGUGGUCCAGGACAGAGCUUCGCCUGGUCCUCCUGCUCGGAGUGGUCUGUUGGACAGCGGGUGCCCUUCGUGGUGGAUGUUUGCCCCAUGACCUUCGAGCAGCUGGACCUGCUCCUGCGGCAGGUCAGCGAGGGCAUGGACGGCAGCUCAGACUGGCCUCCUCCACAGGAGAAGGAGUGCAUGGUAGUGGCCACACUCAACCUCCUCAGGCUCCAGCUCCAUGCAGCCAUCAGUAACCAGGUGGAUCCAGAGGAGCUUGGACUGGGGCUUGGCAGUGUGCUGCUUAACAAUCUCAAACAAACUGUGGUCGUUCUAGCGAGCAAUGCUGGGGUCCUCAAUACAGUGCAAGCAGCUGCCCAAGCCGUCCUUCAGAGUGGCUGGUCAGUGCUGCUGCCCACAGCUGAGGAAAGAGCGAGGGCACUGUCGUCACUUCUGCCUAAUGCUGCAUCAGGAAAUGAAAUGAGUGUGAGUCCUGGGCGACGCUUCAUGAUCGACCUGUUGGUCAGCAGCUUAAUGGCUGAUGGAGGGUUGGAGUCUGCACUGAAUGCAGCCAUUACUGCAGAGAUACAGGAUAUUGAAGCCAAGAAGGAGGCUCAGAAAGAGAAGGAGAUAGAUGAGCAGGAGGCUAAUGCCUCCACCAUGCACCGAUGUCGCACCAUGCUCGACAAAGACCUCAUCAACACGGGCAUCUACGAGUCAGCAGGGAAACAAAGCCUACCUCUGGUGCAGCUUGUACAGCAGCUUUUGAGGAACAUCGCGUCCCAGACAAUCGCAAGGUUGAAAGAUGUUGCCCGUCGCAUCUCCAACUAUUUAGAGGCAGAGCAUGUCAGCAAGGAGCGUUCUGCAUCUUUGGACCUGCUGCUGCGCUUCCAGAGGCUACUGGUCAGCAAAUUAUACCUGGGUGUCAGCGGCACAGAGAAUGUCAAUGGUUACAAUCCUGAGCUUCUGGGUGUUGGCUCCCUGUUAAAAAAGUACAUUGCUUUGCUGUGUACUCAUAUUGGGGACAUCCUCCCAGUGGCAACCAGCAUUGCCUCUACUGGUCGCAGACACUUUGCUGAAGUCUCUCGUGUUAUUGAAGGAGAUUUAACUGGAGUUCUUCUGCCUGAGUUGGUGGUGUCCAUUGUCCUCCUCCUCACCAUUGAUGCUGGUCUGAUGCAGGAGACUGGUUCUAUCCCUCUCCUGGCUGGACUCCUAGAACACUUGGACCGUUUCAAUCACCUCGCACCAGGUCAUGAGAGGGAUGAAAAUGAGGAUCUGGCUUGGCCAGGCAUUAUGGGAUCCUUCUUCACAGGGCAAAAUUCCAAAAACAAUGAGGAGGUUUCACUCAUCCGCAAGGCUGACCUGGAGAAUCACAACAAAGACGGUGGCUUCUGGACAGUGAUUGAUGGAAAAGUCUAUGACAUCAAAGACUUCCAGGCUCAGUCGCAGUCUCUAGCAGGAAACAGCAUCUUGGCCCAGUUUGCUGGGGAGGACCCUGUGGUUGCCUUGGAAGCUGCCCUUCAGUUUGAGGACACCAGGGAGUCAAUGCAGGCCUUCUGUGUUGGUCAAUAUAUGGAGCCUAAUCAAGAGACUGUCACGACUCCAGACCUCAGCAGUCUGUCUUCCCCGCUCAUUGACACUGAGAGAAAUUUGGGGCUGCUGCUCGGCCUUCACGCCUCUUACCUGGCCAAAAGUUCCCCUCUGUCCCCCAUGGAGAUUGAAUGUGCCAAAUGGCUCCAGUCCUCUAUAUUUUCUGGGGGCCUGCAGACCAGUCAGAUCCACUACAACUACAACGAAGAAAAAGAUGAAGACCACUGCAGCUCUCUGGGUACAACCACUCCAGAUAAGGCCAAACUUUACUCCCGCAGAAUCACCCUCAGUGACAACGCACAGCCCUUCCUGCAGGCCAUAGCUGACAACAACACUCAGGACCAUACCGUCAAGGACUUCUUAUGCCAAAUAGAGCGUUGCUGUAAGCAGUACCACCUUAUUACACCCAUCACCUUCCCCCUGGAACACCCUGUAGAGGAAGUUGGCCGCCUGCUGCUCUGCUGCCUGCUCAAGCAUCAAGACCUCGGUCACAUUGCUCUGUCACUUGUCAGUCAAUGUGCCUUGGGUGUGGACCAAGGGAAACAGAGGUCCCUCCCUAAACCUGUGAUUGACGUGUGCCGCAUGGUCUAUCAGGCAAAGUGUUCUUUAAUCAAGACCCAUCAAGAACAAGGGCGCUCUUAUAAGGAGGUGUGCGCCCCUGUCAUCGAGCGCCUGCGCUUUCUGUUUAAUGAAUUGCGUCCAGCUGUAAGCAACGACCUAUCCAUAGUGUCUAAACUGAAGCUGCUGAGCUCCCAGCCUCGCUGGAGGAGGAUCACCCAGAAGCUUAUCAGGGACCGCAGGAAAAAAAGAGUGCCUAAAAAGUCAGAGUCUGCUGACAUAGAAGAGCCAAAGCUGGAGAACGAAGGGACCAAUGAAGAAGAACUUAAUGUGCACAUCAGCCCCGCACCUGCUGAUAGGAAAUCACCCACUGGCAAGACGACUAAGCAGGACAAGUGGCAGCCAAUUCUAAACACUGUGGCCAAUGUCCAGAAGUACCGGUGGCUGAAACACAAUGUUCAGGGUGUCUUCUCUCAGUCCAGCCUCAUGGCCACUAUAGUGGAAUUUGCACUAAAAGAGGAACCCCUGGAUGUGGAGAAAAUGAGAAAGUGUCUUCUUAAGCAGCUGGAGCGGGCUGAAGUCAGGCUCGAGGGCAUCGACACCAUGCUGAAGUUGGCCUCAAAAAGCUUCUUGCUUCCAUCUGUGCAGUAUGCAAUGCUCUGCGGCUGGCAAAGGGUCAUACCUGAAGGGACCAACAUUGGAGAGCCCUUGUCUGACUGCCUCAAGGAUGUAGAUCUGAUCCCUCCAUUCAACCGUAUGCUUUUGGAGGUGACCUUUGGAAAGUUGUAUUCCUGGGCCAUCCAUAACGUUCGCAACAUCUUACUUGAGGCCACUGCCCGCUUCAAAGAGCUAGGUGUGCAGCCUGUGCCCUUGCAGACAAUCACCAAUGAGAACCCAGCAGGACCAAGCCUCGGCACCAUUCCACAGGCCCGCUUCCUUCUGGCCAUGGUACACAUGCUGUCCCUGAAACAUGGGUCUAACAGCCUCAGCCUGUUGCUAAAUUCUGGCAUACUGGCCCUCACACAGAGUAUACUUAGGCUCAUAGGACCCAGCACAGACAGCAGUGAGGAAGACUUGAGUUUAUGCGCUCAUGGAGGCUCAGCCACAGUUCUGGAGGAGUCCAGAAAGGAGGCAGCCCCUGCUCCUCUACCUGCCUCUGGCCCAGAGCUGGCUGCCAUGAUGAAGAUAGGUACCAGGGUCAUGAGGGGAGUUGACUGGAAAUGGGGAGAUCAGGACGGUCCGGCACCAGGUCUUGGUAGAGUCAUUGGAGAGCUGGGUGAGGACGGUUGGAUCAGAGUUCAGUGGGACACUAGCAGCACCAACUCCUACAGGAUGGGUAAAGAGGGCAAAUAUGACCUUAAACUUGCAGAACCACCUCCAGCUGCCCAACCCCCAACUGAGGACUCGGAUACAGAAGAUGACACGGAAGGUGAGCUGAUGGAAAAGAGCAGCCAUCCAACAGCCAUGUUGCUAACCAGCACGGUCAACCUGCUGAAGACCCUGUCUCUGUCAGCUGGGAUCUAUGCAGAGGUGCUGCAGACAGAUGCUACACGAACCCUGUGCGGCCUCCUGAGGAUGCUUGUGGAAAGUGGAGCUAAUGACAAGUCAGGCUGUCACUCCCAUAGGUUGGUGGCUCGGGAGCAGCACAGGAGCUGGUGUACCCUGGGCUUCAUACGCAGCAUUGCUCUCAUGCCGCAGAUGUGCAGCACUCUCAGCACCUCUGCUUGGAUUAGCCUGCUUAUCCGAAUUGUUGAGGGGCACCAGUCCUUCAAUGCCAUUACACUACAGAGACAGAUUCUGGCACUACGUCUACUGCAGGCCGUCCUGCCUUCAUGGGACAAGACGGAGCGCUCUCAGGACAUGAAGUUCCUGGUGGAGAAGUUGUUCAACUUCUUGGGAAGUCUUCUGAGCACUUGCUCAUCAGACCUGCCACUUCUCAGAGAAGGUUCCCUGCGUAGGAGGAAGUCCCGUCCACAGGCGUCCCUUACCGCCACUCACAGCAGCACGCUGGCAGAGGAGAUUGUGUCUGUCCUACGUACUCUGCAUUCACUUAGCCAGUGGAACAGCCUGAUAAAUGAUUACAUCAACACUCAGCUGAGCUCCAUUGGAGAUGUUAUGGCCGGCUGCCAGUCUGAAGCUUGUUUCUUGGAGGAGUAUUUUCCUGACUCUGAGGGUCCCAGAGUGGGCAGCCUGAUGGCAGUGCUGGCAGUGAUUGGUGGGAUUGAUGGGCGUCUCAGGCUCGGUGGCCAGGUCAUUCACGAGGAGUACGGAGAAGGAACGGUCACACGUAUCACCCCCAAAGGACGCAUCACUGUCCAGUUUCACGAUAUGAGGACCUGUAGGGUUUGCUUGUUAAGCCAUCUCAAACCAAUGCCUGCAGUAUCCUUCAGUGUGCAGAACCUGCCCUUCACUGAGCCCAUGUUGGCAGUGUGGGCCCAACUGGUUAGCCUGGCUGGAAGCAAACUGGAGAAACAACGUCUGAAGAAGUCUCUUAGCCGAGGGCUUACAGCUGACCAAGUGGAUAUCCAUUUGCUGCGGUGCCAGCAGCUGAGGCUCUAUAUAUUGAAGGCUGCCCGUGCCUUGCUUUCUCAUCAGGACAAACUCAGGCAGAUCCUCUCCCAGCCAGCAGUUGUGGACAUAGGGCCCAACCCCAGUGAAGAUCCAGUUGUGUCAUCUCCUGAUGUGGGAGACUUGUCUCCUGAAGGUCCUCUUCCUCCGUUGAUCCUCCUGCAGCAGUUGCUCUCUGCUGCCACUCAGCCCUCCCCCAUCAAAGCUAUUUUUGACAGACAGGAGAUGGAGGCGGCAGCUCUGGCAGUGUGUCAGUACCUGGCUGUGGAAUCUGCCCACCCAUCUUCUCCACUUUUUGAGGAGAGCAGCUCCAGUGAGGCAACUACACCUGUUACGGUACAGCAUGUCAAACCACCUAAACAGAAGAAACAGAAGACCUCCCCUGUCCCUCCUUUACCCAUCGUCCUUCAGCUCAUGGAGAUGGGGUUCCCACGGAAAAACAUUGAGUUUGCCUUGAAGUCGUUGUCUGGAACGACAGGCAGUGCCUCUGGUGUCCCAGGUGUUGAGGCUCUGGUGGGUUGGCUGCUGGACCACCCAGACAUUCACGUAACUGAGCUAUCAGAUGCCGACACUGUGUCUGAUGAAUACUCUGAUGAGGAGGUGCUGGAGGAGCUGGAGGAGGCAGAGCCAGUGUUCUCUGUUCCACAAGGUGCGGUGGUCACUGAAAGCCAGACAUUCAAGAAGAGGUCAGAUUUCCAAACUAACGAUGAUUAUGCCGUUUACGUGAGAGAGAACAUUCAAGUGGGGAUGAUGGUGAAGUGCUGCAGAACGUAUGAGGAAGUGUACGAUGGAGAUGUCGGGAAGGUGAUCAAGCUGGACAGGGAUGGACUUCAUGAUUUAAAUGUGCAGUGUGACUGGCAGCAAAAAGGAGGAACGUACUGGGUUCGCUAUAUUCACAUCGAGUUACUUGGAUUCCCCCCACAGAGUUCUCCCUCCCACAUAAAGAUUGGUGACAAAGUGAGGGUGAAGCCCACGGUCACCACACCAAAGUACAAAUGGGGCUCUGUCACACACAGGAGUGUUGGAGUUGUGAAAGCUUUCAGUGCUAAUGGAAAGGAUGUGAUCGUAGACUUCCCUCAGCAGUCCCACUGGACUGGUUUGUUGUCUGAGAUGGAACUGGUGCCCAGUGUACACCCUGGAGUGAGGUGUGAUGGCUGUCAGAUGUUUCCUAUCAAUGGCCCAAGAUUCAAAUGCAGAAAUUGCGACGACUUUGACUUCUGUGAAAACUGCUUCAAGACGCGCAAACACAACACAAGACAUUCCUUUGGCAGAAUCAACGAGCCUGGCCAGUCUCCAGCUUUUUGCGGCCGUUCAGGAAAACAGCUCAAGAAGCAUCACAGCAGCCAGCGUGGGAUGCUGAUUGACGAUUGGUCUCGUGCUGUCAAGAGCCUCAACGUGUCCUCUUCGGUUAACCAGGCCUCGCGCCUCAUCGACUGCAGUGAUCAGUGCUGGCAGUCCUCUGGCUCGCAGGGAAAGCACUGGAUUCGUCUCGAGCUUUUCCCAGAUGUUCUUGUUCACAGACUGAAGAUGAUUGUGGACCCGGCGGACAGCAGCUACAUGCCCUCACUAGUGGUGGUGUCAGGUGGAAGCUCUUUGAACAACUUGAUAGAGCUCAAGACAAUAAACAUCAACCCUACAGACACCACUGUCCUGCUCCUGAGUGACUGUACUGAGUACCAUAGAUACAUUGAGAUUGCAAUCAAGCAAUGCCGCAGCUCCGGUAUAGACUGCAAGAUUCAUGGACUUGGCAUUGUCGGACGCAUCCGAGCAGAGGAUGAAGAUCUGGCUACAGUCCCGUUUCUGGCGUCGGACAAUGAAGAAGAGGAUGACGACAAAACUGCCACUGGGAGUCUCACUCGGAAGAAGUCAUCAGGUGUGGAGUCAUCUGCUACAAUCAGGACCAAAGUGUUUGUUUGGGGCCUGAAUGACAAAGACCAGCUGGGAGGACUCAAGGGCUCUAAGAUCAAGGUUCCUUCAUUCUCUGAAACCCUGUCUGGUCUCAACGUGGUGCAAGUGGCUGGAGGCUCCAAAAGCCUGUUUGCAGUGACUGUGGAGGGGAAGAUUUACGCAUGUGGAGAGGCCACUAAUGGCAGAUUAGGUCUGGGCCUCUCCAGCGGGACCAUCCCAAUCCCCCGCCAGAUCACCGCGCUCAGCAACUACGUGGUGAAGAAGGUGGCUGUGCAUUCUGGUGGACGCCACGCAAUGGCUCUGACUGUGGACGGGAAGGUGUUCUCCUGGGGCGAGGGAGACGAUGGCAAACUGGGACACUUCAGUAGAAUGAACUGUGACAAGCCCCGGUUGAUCGAGGCACUGAAGACGAAGCGCAUCCGUGAUAUUGCCUGUGGCAGCUCUCACAGUGCUGCAAUCACCUCCAGUGGGGAGCUGUACAGCUGGGGUUUGGGGGAAUAUGGCCGCCUCGGACACGGGGACAACACUACUCAACUGAGGCCCAAACUGGUGAAAGUGCUUCUGGGCCACAGAGUUAUCCAGGUGGCCUGUGGGAGCAGGGAUGCUCAAACUCUAGCCCUCACUGAUGAAGGUUUGGUGUUUUCCUGGGGCGAUGGAGAUUUUGGGAAGCUUGGCCGUGGAGGCAGUGAGGGCUGCAACAUCCCCCAGAACAUAGAAAGGCUCAACGGGCAGGGUGUCUGCCAAAUUGAGUGUGGAGCACAGUUCUCCCUGGCUUUGACCAAAUCAGGAGUGGUGUGGACUUGGGGUAAAGGCGACUACUUCCGCCUGGGCCACGGUACGGAUGUCCAUGUGCGUAAGCCUCAGAUGGUGGAGGGACUGAGAGGGAAAAAGAUCGUCCAUGUGGCUGUUGGAGCUCUGCAUUGUCUAGCUGUUACAGAAACAGGACAGGUUUAUGCAUGGGGAGACAAUGACCACGGGCAGCAGGGUAACGGCACCACCACAGUUAACAGGAAGCCCACCCUGGUUCAGGGUCUGGAAGGACAGAAGAUCACUCGAGUGGCAUGUGGCUCCUCCCACAGCGUGGCCUGGACCACCGUGGAUGUGACCACACCCUCUGUUCACGAGCCUGUCCUUUUCCAGACAGCCAGAGACUCCCUUGGCGCAUCUUAUUUGGGUGUCCAGUCAGACAGUGACUCAUCAGCGGCGAGCAACAAGAUGAGUGGGCAGAGCAGCUUGAAGCCUAAUCGACCCUCGCUGGCCAAGAUUCUCCUGAGUCUGGAUGGCAACCUGGCCAAACAGCAGGCUCUGUCUCAUGUACUGUCAGCUCUCCAAAUCAUGUAUGCAAGGGAUGCGGUGGUCGGUGCGCUGAUGCCAGCCAGCAUGAUUCUGCCAGCAGAGUGUCCUUCCAGCUCACCUGUUCCCCCGUUAGACUCCUCAUCCUCAUCCAGCGUGAGUGACGAAGAAGGUCCUCCAGUUCUGCCUGAAACUGAAGAACGGGUCAGCCCCAACCCGUGGCAAGACAAGAAGGGAGAGGCUCCCUCAUCAGAAGAUGCCAUCACGCCGUCCUCAGCCGUGACGCCCUCUGCCUGUGGAGCCUCCUCCCGUCCUUUCAUCCCCGUCACAGAUGACCCCGGAGCAGCCAGCAUCAUAGCAGAGACCAUGACAAAGACAAAAGAAGACUCUGAGAGCCAGAGCAAAGUGGUUGGUCCAGAGCCUCAAUACCUGGAUGAGUUCACUAGUCUGCUUGUGCCUGAUGACACACGGGUGAUGGUGGACGUGCUCAAGCUGGCGGUGUCUUGUCGCUCUGGGGAGAAAGGCAAGGAGGUGCUGUCUGCUGUGCUGUCUGGUAUGGGCACGGCUUAUCCACAGGUUGCUGAUAUGCUGCUGGAGUUGUGCGUCACUGAAUUGGAGGACGUGGCCACAGACUCGCAGAGCGGCCGUCUGUCCUCCCAGCCAGUCGUCGUCGAGAGCAGCCACCCCUACACAGAUGACACAUCUACCAGUGGCACCGUGAAGAUCCCAGGCGCUGAGGGUCUGAGGAUCGAGUUUGACAGACAGUGUUCAACCGAGAGACGCCACGACCCACUAACCAUUAUGGACGGAGCCAACAGGAUUGUCUCUGUCAGAUCAGGUCGGGAGUGGUCUGACUGGUCCAGUGAAUUAAGGAUCCCAGGAGAUGAACUCAAAUGGAAGUUUACCAGCGAUGGCUCAGUUAACGGUUGGGGCUGGCGCUUCACUGUCUACCCUAUCAUGCCUGCAGCUGGACCCAAAGAUUUGCUAUCUGACCGCUGCAUCUUGUCCUGCCCCUCCAUGGACUUGGUCACAUGUCUCUUGGACUUCAGGCUCAACUUUGCCUCCAACAGGGGCAUUGUUCCCCGUCUAGCUGCUUCCCUUGCUGCUUGUGCACAGCUCAGCGCACUAGCUGCUGGACACAGGAUGUGGGCUCUGCAGAGGCUACGAAAGCUCCUGACCACAGAGUACGGUCAGUCCAUUAACAUAAACAGGCUGCUGGGGGACAGUGAAGGCGAAGCUCGGUCUAUGAGUUUCACAGGCAGUGCCCUGGCUGCUCUUGUGAAGGGGCUACCUGAGGCUCUACAGAGGCAGUAUGAGUAUGAGGACCCCAUCGUCAGGGGAGGGAAGCAGCUCCUCCAUAGUCCAUUUUUCAAGGUCUUGGUUGCUCUCGCUUGUGACCUUGAGCUUGACACCUUACCCUGCUGUGCUGAGACUCACAAGUGGGCCUGGUUCCGCCGCUACUGCACCGCCUCCAGAGUGGCUGUAGCUCUAGAUAAAAGAACCUCUCUACCAAGACCCUUCCUGGAUGAGGUUACGAAGAAAAUUCGUGAGCUCAUGGCGGAUCACGAGAACAUGAACGGGCUCCACGAGAGCCACGACUUGUUCAAGCGCGAGCACGACGAGCAGCUUGUGCAGUGGAUGAACCGGCGCCCAGACGACUGGACUCUCUCCGCAGGGGGGAGCGGCACCAUCUAUGGCUGGGGACACAACCACAGAGGGCAGCUGGGGGGCAUCGAGGGGGCAAAGGUCAAAGUACCCACACCCACCGAAGCCCUCGCCACACUGCGCCCAGUCCAACUCAUCGGAGGGGAGCAGACGCUGUUUGCUGUCACUGCUGAUGGAAAGCUGUAUGCAACAGGAUAUGGAGCAGGGGGCAGAUUAGGUAUUGGUGGCACAGAGUCUGUGUCAACUCCAACUUUACUGGAGUCCAUCCAACACGUCUUCAUCAGAAAAGUGGCUGUGAACUCCGGAGGAAAGCACUGCCUGGCGCUGUCCUCUGAGGGAGAAGUCUACUCGUGGGGAGAGGCUGAGGAUGGAAAACUGGGCCAUGGGAACAGAAGCCCCUGUGACCGUCCUCGUGUAAUCGAGUCCCUGAGGGGAGUGGAAGUGGUGGAUAUCGCAGCCGGAGGAGCACACAGCGCCUGCAUCACUGCCAGCGGAGAGCUCUUCACCUGGGGCAAGGGUCGCUACGGACGACUGGGCCACGGAGACAGCGAAGACCAGCUUAAACCCAAACUGGUGGAUGCACUGCAGGGCCACAGGGUCAUAGACGUCGCCUGCGGCAGCGGGGACGCCCAGACGCUGUGUCUAACGGAUGAUGACAUGGUCUGGUCGUGGGGAGACGGGGACUAUGGCAAAUUGGGCCGGGGAGGCAGUGAUGGCUGCAAAAUCCCCAUGAAGAUCGACUCUCUCACCGGUCUCGGAGUGGUCAAAGUGGAGUGUGGCUCUCAGUUUUCCGUGGCUCUGACCAAAUCUGGGGCAGUGUACACGUGGGGGAAAGGGGACUACCAUCGGCUGGGUCACGGCUCUGAUGACCACGUUCGCCGACCCAGACAGGUGCAGGGGCUACAAGGGAAAAAAGUCAUUGCCAUCGCCACAGGGUCACUGCAUUGUGUGUGCUGCACAGAGGAUGGAGAAGUGUACACGUGGGGUGACAACGAUGAGGGCCAACUUGGAGACGGGACCACUAAUGCCAUCCAGAGGCCGCGGCUCGUGGCAGCGCUGCAGGGCAAGAAGAUCAACAGGGUGGCCUGUGGCUCUGCUCACACUCUGGCCUGGUCCACCAGCAAGCCCACGAAUGCUGGAAAACUACCUGCACAGGUUCCCAUGGAGUACAACCAUCUGCAAGAGAUCCCAAUCAUGGCCCUCAGGAACAGGCUUCUGCUCCUGCAUCACAUCUCAGAGCUGUUCUGCCCGUGCAUACCCAUGUUUGACCUGGAGGGUCGGCUGGGUCAGACAGGCCACGGCCCCUCAGUGGGCUUUGACACGCUCAGGGGCAUCCUAAUCUCGCAGGGCAAGGAGGCAGCGUUCAGGAAGGUGGUUCAAGCCACCAUGGUGAGGGACAGACAGCACGGUCCCGUGGUGGAGCUCAACAGGAUACAGGUGAAGCGUUCCCGCAGCAAAGGGGGCCUGGCUGGUCCAGACGGAACUAAGUCUGUGUUUGGUCAGAUGUGUGCCAAAAUGAGUUCGUUCAGCCCGGACAGUCUGCUGCUCCCUCAUCGCGUGUGGAAGGUUAAAUUUGUCGGGGAGUCUGUGGACGACUGCGGCGGAGGCUACAGCGAGUCCAUCGCUGAGAUGUGUGAGGAGCUGCAGAACGCCCUGACUCCUCUGCUCAUCGUCACCCCCAACGGCCGCGAUGAGUCGGGCGCCAACAGGGACUGUUUCCUGCUCAACCCUGCAGCCAAGUCCCCUCUUCACAUGAGCAUGUUCCGCUUCCUAGGAGUGCUUCUAGGUAUUGCAAUCCGGACUGGAAGCCCGCUUAGCCUGAAUCUGGCAGAGCCUGUAUGGAAACAGCUGGCAGGGAUGAACCUGACCAUCGCCGACCUCAGUGAAGUUGAUAAAGAUUUUAUUCCCGGCCUGAUGUACAUCCGAGACAACGAGGCUACGGCCGAGGAGUUUGAGGCCAUGACGCUUCCCUUCACAGUGCCCAACGCCAGCGGCCAGGACAUCCAGCUCAGCUCCAAGUACUCUCACAUCACCCUGGAGAACCGUGCAGAAUAUGUCCGGCUUGCAAUAAACUACAGGCUCCACGAGUUUGACGAGCAGGUGUCGGCCGUGCGCGAGGGAAUGGCUCGAGUGGUUCCCGUUCCCCUGCUGUCACUUUUCACCGGUUACGAGCUGGAAACUAUGGUGUGUGGAAGCCCAGACAUCCCCCUCCACCUGCUGAAGUCUGUGGCCACUUAUAAAGGCGUGGAGCCGACGGCGCCGCUCAUCCAGUGGUUCUGGGAGGUGAUGGAGUCCUUCUCCAACACAGAGAGGUCUCUCUUCCUGAGGUUCGUCUGGGGUCGCACGCGUCUGCCGCGCACCAUCGCCGACUUCAGGGGACGGGAUUUUGUCGUGCAGGUGCUGGAUAAAUACAACCCCCCUGACCACUUCCUGCCAGAAUCCUACACGUGUUUCUUCCUGCUCAAGCUUCCCAGGUACUCGUGUAGACAGGUGCUGGAAGAGAAACUAAAAUACGCGAUCCACUUCUGCAAGUCCAUAGACACUGACGACUACGCCCGCAUCGCCCUCUCCGGGGAGCCCGCGGCCGACGACAGCAGCGAAGACUCCGACAACGAGGACGCAGACUCCUUCGCUUCCGACUCCACCCAGGACUAUUUAACAGGACACUAAAACCUGGUCACAGGCAGGCGAGUUGAAGGAGAGCAGCAACACAGAGAGACUGCUUUAAUCUCACUUAUUAGUGCACACAUUCACACAGGCUAAGACACAAGCGUCUGUGGAGGGGCGGGAUGUGCAAUGAGCUUUAAAAGCAUUAUAAGCUAAAGAGAGGAACAAACACACGUUUGCUCUGAUUUAGUUUCUUUAAGAGGAGGUGAGGGGAUCGGCUGCACAUGUGAUUGUUGUGUUACAUGAGAUUUAUGUAUAUUACUACAGUUACAGAGUUAAAAAAAUAAAUAAAAAUAAAUUAAAAAAACAGGCUCCAGCCUAGCACUGUGGUAGAUUUCUCCCUCUGGUUUAUGUGAAUUACUUGUCCUUAGACUGUAUAUAGAAAUUGAUGUGAAAAAGAAAAGUAGUAUUACUUUUUGUUUCUUGGUAAUAGCCAUGUUUGUUUAUUAAAAAAGAAAAGAAAAGAAACAUUUUUAACUUAAAAAAAAAAAUAAAGAAGUCAGUGUCAGUCAUCCGGCUCUCGUCCGUCAGAGCCCACUGAAGGGUCAUUUUAAGAUUCCUGUAUUUUACCCCCUACCCUCCAUCAUGUUUGUGCACUGUCUCCUUAAAGAAUGUAUAUAAUAUGAUUGUGCCAUGUAUUCACAGAAGGACUCAUUCCUGCAUAUUAAAUGUUAAUACAUUUCUGUUAAUAAAUACAACAAGAAGGAAAAAAAA